AUGUUUUGUGCAAUAUGUGUUGUAUACAGUAUACCUUUAAACGGGAAAUGGAGAGGCAAGCGGUAUCUUCGAGACGACGACUACACAGUCAUCAUGCUGUAUGAUGUCAAUGGUUACGUCGCUGGAAUUCAGACUGCGAUAUCAACGUCAUCGACGUACCCACCAAGCAGUCUGCGUCCACCAUUCGUCGACGAUGGAAGUCGUUCAGUUUUAACUGCUUACUUUACGGAACCAUCCAAAAUAUGCACCACCGGCCGUACGGCAGAAGAAUUCGCAGCCCUGGGCACUGGAACUAACCUCUACAUUCAGAAUGGGACUACCCCUGAGUCCAGUAUUCUGAUUCCGUCUACCUUGUCUGAAGCUCAACAGUCGGCGUGGUCGGAGGGACGGUGCAUUCCAUACAUGGGAAUACAUUUCUACUACAACCUCACCUUUGACAUGUCAUGUGACCAGUUAUUCCCUGUAGUCAUUCUCUACAACAAGGGCCAGCUCAACGCCUUUGCUUGGCUGUUCACCUCAGUUUUUCAGGACAAACGGAAUGAGGUGUCGCCCAAAAAAGUGUAUCCAUUUUUCAUCUCACCAGUUCCCAAAUGCAUGAACACGUACGAUUUCCUCACCACGCAACACGUCUACUUGACUGACGAUAUCACUCUCAACAAGUGUUAG